CUUAUUUUCAGACACAAUCUGCAGAAGAUAGUUUCCUUCUUGUCUGAAGAAGAACUCGCUUUAAGCUCAAAACUCCGAAACCGAUUUAAACCUAAAAACCUAACUUUUUCCUCAAAUUCAAUCUCAAACCUCUCGAAUUUUGUUCAAAUCUCGAACCUUUUAACUGCUUUCGAAUGGGUGAGAAGGACUCAGAGACAGCUCCGAUUUGGAGAAAAACCCAACAGCGAGAGAGCAGCAACAUCCACCCAGUGAACAUAGAGUCGUCGACUCAAUCCGGGCAACAUCGAUCGCUGAAUCGAAAUCGAGGAGGUUCUUAUGCAGAACGAGGAAGAGGAGUCAAGGAGUUCCGGAGCUGGUUCUCUUGGCUCAUCCCCUGUUUCGUGAUCGCAAACGUUGUCGUGUUCGUGAUCACCAUGUACGUCAACAACUGUCCGAAGAAAUCUGGAGAUUGUUUCGCCGGUUUCUUGGGUCGGUUCUCGUUUCAGAGCACACGGGAGAAUCCUCUUCUUGGUCCUUCCUCUCUCACGUUACGAACAAUGGGUGGAUUAGAAGUGAAGAAAGUGGUUAAAGGAGAUGAAGGAUGGCGUCUGCUUUCUUGCAACUGGUUACAUGGUGGAGUUGUUCACUUACUCGUGAACAUGUUGACUCUUUUGUUCAUCGGUAUGCGUAUGGAACGUGAGUUCGGUUUUAUAAGGAUUGGAUUGCUUUAUUUGAUAUCUGGCUUUGGAGGAAGUAUAUUGUCAGCUCUUUUCCUCCGCUCAAAUAUCUCUGUGGGUGCAUCUGGAGCCGUGUUUGGUUUACUUGGGGGAAUGCUCUCUGAGAUCUUUAUCAAUUGGACAAUCUAUUCGAACAAGGUUGUGACGAUAAUAACUCUUGUAUUGAUUGUGGCGGUAAACUUGGGACUCGGUGUGCUUCCGGGAGUAGAUAACUUUGCUCAUAUAGGUGGUUUUGCUACCGGUUUUCUUCUUGGAUUCGUGCUCUUGAUCCGUCCCCAUUACGGAUGGAUUAACCACCAAAGGAAUGCUCCUCUAGGUAAACCGCACAAGUACAAGAUGUAUCAGGCCAUACUAUGGACCCUGUCUCUUCUCCUCUUACUUGCUUGGUUCAUUGGCGGUUUGAUCUCGCUUUUCAACAAUGUGGAUGGAAACAAACAUUGCUCAUGGUGUCAUUACCUAUCAUGUGUUCCAACUUCUAGAUGGAGCUGUAACCGAGAACCAGCCUCUUGCACGACGACUCAAUUAGGCAACCAAUUGAGCAUGACCUGUUUGAGGAACGGCAAGUCUGGGUCGUACAUUUUGCCUAAUCCUUCGGAUUCACGGAUUAAUAGCUUAUGCGUUCAGCUUUGCCGUUGAAUUCACAUUGUAUCUUCUUCGUCUUAAGCUUUCUUGCUUGCUUGCUUUCUUUGUAUAUAUCUUAUAAAUAAUAACUAUGUUGUUCUGAAUUAUUCUAUUUGAGUUUUGAGAUC